AUGACACCAGCACCAAUAAGGUCUACCUCAACAUCAGAACUACAACCACGUCCGCAACCACAAGGGAGCAUGGGUAACCAUACCGUGUCCACCACCACGAUAGUUCGCGACGACCCCGAGAAGAACCCCAAUUCGCUGCACGACUUCCACACGGCCAAACGAGGGCCCAAGAACGUCCCUGCAGUCGUCAUCAUGUCGCGGCCGCCCGAACCGAGUAUAGAGGGUGGUGGUGGCCGUAGUGACACAGCUAAGAAAGGGAGCUCGCCACCCAAGGAUCCCGGCCACGCCUACGCGCACACCCAACACAUCCGGUUCGAAUACUUUGACCAGCGCAUCUCCAAUGCCCCCUUUGGGUACGAGCAUUUCGUCUCGCUGCCGCCGACGUAUGAUUCGGACCUUACCAGGAACAAGACGUGGCCGCUGAUUCUCUUCCUGCACGGCGCGGGGGAGUCGCAGCGUGGGCCGCACGAGUCGUUUGCCUCGAUCCGGCACGGCGUGCCAAAGGUCGUCCUCUGCUACGACAAGCUAAAGUCCGGUCCGACAGGCCAUGAAGACCCUGCCAUCAACAUCCCCCCGGCGCCACGGCUGCGGAGGAGCAAGCAGACACGACAGCAGCAGGGCGAUUGCUCCGCGGAACCCGUCCCCCGAGAGACGUGUGAGCUGUUAGCCGAGAACUUUGUCACGGUGACGCCGUCGCUGAACAUGCAGAACGGAUACGGCUGGAACGCGGCCAUCCUGUCGGCCCUGCUCGACGAGAUUGUCGACCGCUACCGCAUCGACCUCGACAGGAUCCACGUCACGGGCUUCAGCAUGGGCGGCUACGGCGCCUGGGAUCUUGCCAUGCAUUCGCCGCGGCGGUUCGCGACGCUGGUCCCGAUCUGCGGCGGUGGCGAUCCCUUGCGGGUCACCCACGUCAAGCACGUGCCGCACUGGAUCUUCCACGGCGAUCGCGACGACAUCAUCCCCGUCCGGGCGUCGAUACAGAUGGUCCACGCGUUGGAGGAGGCCGAUGCAACCCAAGUCACCUUCACGCGGUACCCGGACCUCAUGCACGAUAGCUGGACCCGCACGUACAACAAUCCGGAUCUGUACCGGUGGAUGUUGAACACAGACCUGGACUUGGACUUGGAUCUAGAACGAGGCCACGAACAAGAUCAAGAACAAGAAUAA